CCUACUAAUGGCGUCACUAGCUUCCCAGCCCCGUCCCUGUGGGCUUAUCCCACAGGAAAUGUCAUUGUCGUGACUAUUUGCGAUGGCUCCGGCACAAUAAGGAGAGUGCUAACCAUCUAACACUCUUCCUGGACAAUUUCUGUGGCCUCAUAAGGCAGCCGCCUUGGUAAGUUGAUCCGAGUCGUUUGCAUCUUGAGCAGGCGUAUUUGUACAACGUAUUAGAAAAUUCACAGCAGAAAGCUGCAAAGGAUAGAGGCCUUAUUGCUGUCAGCUCCAACCUUGGGGUAAAGGUGUGCCACAUGCAAGGGUCUGCCAUCACGGUCAGAACAUAGUGCAGGGCUAGGGACCCUGUGGUUAGGCCAAGAUCUUCUGACCAUCCCCCAAGGUACCCUGUUAUCCAGUUAUGAUUUAAUGACGAUUUCCCCACGCAUGAAGUAGAAGACACUAUGACAUUCAGACAUCAUGCCAUCGUUUGAUCCCACAAAUGUAAACUUAGACACUGCCAGCGUGGAGGACAUAUACUGUUACCUGCAGUUGUCUGGAAAUGAUUACAAUGGACACCUGGGUGCACGCAUCUCUGCGAUAUUUGUGAUCCUGAUAACAUCAUCAGCAUGUACGCUUUUUCCAGUGGUAGCCAAGCGAAUACCACGCUGGAAUAUCCCAUACCCUGUCUAUCUCUUCGCUCGAUACUUCGGUACGGGUGUUAUUGUCGCAACCGCAUUCAUCCACCUAUUGGAUCCAGCGUAUGGAAGCAUCGGCAGCACAACCUGCGUGGGCGUAUCGGAGCAUUGGGCAGAUUAUCCCUGGUGUCCUGCCAUUGUUCUCGUGUCUGUGCUCAUGGUGUUCCUGAUGGACGUGGCUUCCGAAGUAUACGUCGAGCGCGUAUAUGGCGUGGAAAAAGAGCACGACGCGACCGACCGGUUUCUGGCCCAAGCAAACUUAAUCCAGAGCGACGACGAGAGUACAGUCAAUGAUGAUGCUGGUGGAAUUAAGCAGCCUGGGAUUCAAGAUGACAUUUGCUCAGUCGAAUCCGAGCGCUCAUUCCGCAAAGAUAUCGCUGCCUUUCUUAUUCUGGAGUUCGGCAUUAUCUUCCAUUCGGUAAUCAUCGGACUUAACCUGGGAGUGACUGGCGACGAGUUCACGACUCUGUACCCCGUGUUGGUCUUCCAUCAAGCAUUUGAAGGUCUUGGAAUCGGCGCCCGAAUGUCUGCGCUUCGCUUUGGCCGACAUUGGUGGCUGCCGUGGGUUCUCUGCAUGGCAUACGGCCUCACUACGCCAAUUUCGAUUGCUAUCGGCAUAGCGGUACGCACAACGUAUAACUCGGGAUCUAGGACAGCAAACAUUGUCCAGGGUGUAUUGGAUGCUGUCUCGGCCGGCAUUCUGAUCUACAGUGGAUUAGUGGAAUUGCUGGCUCGCGACUUUCUGUUCGACCCAGACCGGGCUAAGCGGCGGUCGCAUCUGCUGGGAAUGAUCUUCUGCGUAUUGCUGGGAGCCGGCAUCAUGGCACUUAUUGGGAAGUGGGCAUGA